AUGACAAACUUGGAAUGCUUUAUGUGUACUGGAGGAGCAAACAACGAUGAAGAUGUUAGAGAAAUAAUGAAAUUGAAACCACAUAUAAUUAUUGGUACUUGGAAUCGAAUAUAUGAUUUGGUUAAUUUGAAAUCAAUUGAUUUAUCUUAUCUAAAGAUCUUUGUAAUCGAUGAAUUAGACAUGCUAAUUCAACAAGGAUUUAAAGAUCAAGCAAUUGAGAUCAGACAACAAUUGCCAUUCACGACUAUUUUACAAACAUUAUUAUUUACAUCAAAUAUUACAUCAGAAAUGAUGGAUUUUAAUGUUGGUUAG